UUUUCAGCAAACGUAAAUAUCAUUUAUACGGUUAUUUUGUUUUUACCAUUCUGCUCCAUAACAAUUCUGCUCCAUAGAAACCACAGCAAACGUAUUCUUCUUCAUUCUUUGUUAUUCUGCAACGCUUCAAGAAUUAAAUAUCAGAAAAUGGAAAUAGGAAAUAAGGUUUACCUAAAUAACAUUGACCAGAUAGAUGAAAAAUCGCAUAUCAAGGUUCGGGUGCUUAAAAUUUGGAACUUUGUCAGAAAUAAUAAAGUUUGUUCCAUUGAAAUGAUCAUCAUGGAUGAGGAGGGUACACAAUACCAAGCUCGUGUCUUCAAUCAGAAUUUCUCCAGAUUUCGUCAUCUUUUAAAGGAAGAUGAAAGUUAUAUAGUUAUAAAACCCAAUAUGGCUGCUGUUACUAAUGGUUUUAGUUAUACAGGUCAUAAACAGACCUUAACUUUGGAUUGGAAAAGCAUCCUAAAAAAAUGUGAUGAUUUCUCGGGUCCGGUCAAUGGAUUUAUGUUUGUUGACUUUAAUUCUAUCAUAGAACAAACAUGCCCAAAAGACACAUUCUUUGAUGUUAUUGGACAUAUCGUGUCAUUUAGGCCUCUUGAAACUUCAAAUCCAGUACCAUCCAAGCAUUAUAUAAAAGUCACUCUUAGCAACCUAGAUUCUGUACAUCUGAAGGUUACUAUUUUUGGAAGUCAAGCAUAUCAAAUUUCAGAAUACCUAAAAAAUAACCCGACUGUUAAUUUUGUUGUUAUCGUGAUGCAGUUUUUGAAGCUAAACAUUUGGAAUGGUCUUGGUGAAGCUAAAAGUCAUUUUGAAGUAACGAAAUUGUUCAUAAAUUCUGACAUUUAUGAAAUAAAUGAGUUUAAAAAUAAGUUGAAAUGUCAUGACAAUUUCGGUAUAACUGAAAAAAGCAUAACUACACUUCAAAGCUACUCUUCUUCAUAUACAGAUGACUUUAAGGGCAAUUUUCCAUUAAAAACAAUCUGUGAGAUCACCGAACCAAUUAAGGAAAUGAAGUUUUUAUUAGUUGCUUCCAUUGUUAAUAUAAGGCAGAAUCUACCAUGGUAUAUAAUUCCAAUUAACGUACAAGAUUGUACUGGAACCAUUGGAUUGACUCUUUUUGAUAGGGAAGCAAGGAGGUUGUUAAAUAUAAGUGCCUACGAGUUGAAAAAGAUACAUGAUGCGGCCGGAGACAGUGAUGCCCUAUUUCCAAUGCAACUUAACGUGUUGAAAAACCGCAAGUUUGGUUUUGUUGUAGAUAUUACAGAAUACAAUGUCAACAACUAUAAUAACAUCUACACAGUUCUCAGAGUUACAGAAGAUAUGUCCAUUGUUUGUGAAUUGGAAAGUAAAAUAGAACUUAUGAGUAUUCAAUCUGUCUCCUUAAAUCAAGUUGCUUUGGAAUCCGAUGAUGUUGUACAGCCUGUUCAAAAGGAUGUGAUCUCACAAACAGACGAAAGUUUUACACCCUCAACAGUUGAUAAGUCAACCGCAACAAGUCCUUGCAAAAUAUCAGGUGAUUUGAAGCGCAACCUCCAAGAAAUUUAUGAUGUUGAUUCUGGAUAUGAUUUAAGUUCAACUAAGGCUAAAAGAAAGUCAACCGCAGAGGAAACUCCACUCUUGAUUCCAAAAAUUGAAAAGUGA